AUGCGCGUGUCUUCGCAGAUGCUCCUCUCACUUUCGGAUUCGUUGAGGCGGUCUGGAUGGCGAGCCUCGUUUCUCUUCUCAUCUGGUCCGUGGGCAUUCAACUGUCUUCUUCGCCUGUUUUUGGUGCGUUGCGGCUGUUUGCUUUUGCGCUGGCCCACAACGUCUCUGUUUUUUCAGGGAGAAGUCCUUGCAGUCAAAUUCUCUCCCGACGGGCGCAACAUCGCCUCUGCAGGCGUCGACAGAGAUGUCUUAAUUUACAACGUGUACGGAGAGAUCGCGACCUGGCAGACGCUGAAGGGACACUCGAAGGCGAUUCUCGACUUCCGCUGGUCGACCGACGGCUCGCAAAUUUACACGGCGUCGGCGGACCAGACGGCAGCUGUGUGGGACGUGGAGACUGGCGAGCGGCUGAAGAAGCUGAAGGGCCAUGUGGGGAUCGUGAACGCAUGCAGCGUCGCCUCGAGAGAAGCCGCGGAGUGUCCAAACAGAGCGACUUACGGAUGCGCUUCACUUUUUGUCACCGGAGCAGACGACGGGACGACGCGCGUGUGGGAUCUCCGCGUUCGCCGCUCCAUCAAAAAGUACGAACAUCAAUAUCAGAUCCUCUCCGUGGCUCUAGACGGCCACGGCGGCCGCGUUUUCUCCGGGUGUCUCGACAACACGAUUCGGGUGUACGAUUUGCGUGGAGGCGACGCAGAGAGCGAGGUCUACGAAGGCCACACAGACAGCGUCACGGGCUUGAGCCUUUCGUCCUCGGGAACGACGCUCCUCAGCAACGGCAUGGAUCACACGGUUCGCGUCUGGGAUAUCCAGCCUUUCGUCCAGGGAGGCAAACGCCAUGUGGCUGCGCUCCGGGGCGCAACGCACAACUUCGAGAAGAACCUCCUGCGCGUGUGCUGGAGCCCAGACGAACAGCUUUGCAGCGCAGGGUCGGCGGAUCGCCACGUCUGUGUGUGGACUGUCAACGAAGUGCUGCGAGACAAGGGGACAGGGAACCCCGCAAAUCUUUCGCCGCUUCUCUACCGACUGCCUGGUCACUCGGGAUCCGUAAACGAUGUCUGCUUCCACCCUACCGAGCCCGUAAUCGCGUCGGCCAGUUCCGACCGGACUGUCUUCAUGGGCGAGCUGUCGUAG